AGGGAGGGGGCCGGUCCGACAGCCACAGCGGCCAGCGUAGCGGCAGCGGCGGCGGCACCACCACCAGCAUCACCGCUCGCACUCCAGUCUCCCGGCCCGCGAGGAGGCAGCGGCGGCCGCCGGCGGGAGCGGAGGCGGCGGCGGCGGAGAGGCGAGGAGGAGCCGCGGGAGGAGCAAGAGCGCGCAGCCGGCGGGUCCACGCAUCUCCGCACUUCCAGAGCAACUCCGGCGCCUUCCAACACCCCUGCCCGGGGCUGGGGGCUCCGAGAGCAGCCGCGAAGCCAACCCCUAUCCUCCCAGCGAUCCUUGCCCAGCCCUGUCCUGCGCCUCCCGGGCUCCGCGCCGCGCCGCGGGGUCCCCGCUCCUGCGCUCCGGGAGCGCCUCCCGGACACCCGGGUUCCCGUAGCCAGGACAAAGCCAUGAAGCCGGCGCUAUUGGAAGUGAUGAGGAUGAACAGAAUUUGCCGGAUGGUGCUGGCCACUUGCUUGGGAUCCUUUAUCCUGGUCAUCUUCUAUUUCCAAAGUAUGUUGCACCCAGUCAUGCGGAGGAACCCCUUUGGUGUGGACAUCUGCUGCCGGAAGGGGUCCCGAAGCCCCCUGCAGGAGCUCUACAACCCUACCCAGAGAUCCUUGGAGAGAGUUUCUCCACCUUGGUUGGAGCUCUCCAACACGGCGGUCCUGCAUCAGAUGCGGCGGGACCAGGUCACCGACACCUGCCGGGCCAACAGCGCCAUGAGCCGCAAGCGGCGGGUGCUGACCCCCAACGACCUGAAGCACCUGGUGGUGGAUGAGGACCACGAGCUCAUCUACUGCUACGUACCCAAGGUGGCGUGCACCAACUGGAAGCGGCUCAUGAUGGUCCUGACCGGCCGGGGCAAGUACAGCGACCCCAUGGAGAUCCCGGCCAACGAGGCGCACGUCUCGGCCAACCUGAAGACCCUCAACCAGUACAGCAUCCCGGAGAUCAACCACCGCUUGAAAAGCUACAUGAAGUUCCUGUUCGUGCGGGAGCCCUUUGAGAGGCUGGUGUCCGCCUACCGGAACAAGUUCACGCAGAAGUACAACACCUCCUUCCACAAGCGCUACGGCACCAAGAUCAUCAAGCGGCAGCGCAAGAACGCCACGCAGGAGGCCUUGCGCAAGGGCGACGACGUCAAGUUCGAGGAGUUCGUGGCGUAUCUCAUCGACCCUCACACGCAGCGCGAGGAGCCCUUCAACGAACACUGGCAGACGGUCUACUCCCUGUGCCACCCGUGCCACAUCCACUACGACCUCGUGGGCAAGUACGAGACGCUGGAGGAGGAUUCCAAUUACGUCCUGCAGCUGGCGGGCGUGGGCAGCUACCUGAAGUUCCCCACCUACGCCAAGUCCACGAGAACUACUGAUGAAAUGACCACAGAGUUCUUCCAGAACAUCAGCUCGGAGCACCAGACGCAGCUGUACGAAGUCUACAAACUCGAUUUUUUAAUGUUCAAUUACUCAGUGCCAAGCUACCUGAAAUUGGAAUGAAAGUGGGGGGAGGGCGUGGGCGGGGAGAGGGGAGAGAGAAUCGUGCUUUUUUUAAUUUAAGAUUUUUAUUUGUCAAAAAGAAUUAUAUGGAUAUUGGGUUAUUUUGUAAAUUAAUAUUUCUUUGGGGAUUGAUGCUGCGAGCAGCAUGGUGAGAAUUAUUUAAAUCCUUACUAGGGAAGGACGGCUGUCUUGGCAGGGGACUAGGAUGGGUGUCCUUGUUUUUUUUAGACGUGAAUCCCAUGACAUUGUCUCAGAGGUUUCUUUGUGUUCUGGUGAAUUCCAUGAAUUGUGCAUUCCAUAAAUGCUAAUUAAGUUAUUUAUAGUUAUUUAAACAUGGUCUCUGUAUAGAUUUCUUUGGGGGGGGCAACAAGAUUUUAAUGUCUUUUCCGAAGAAAUCUAUGUUUUCAUUCUGUGCUUGCAAACAGCUCCUGCAGGGGCAUGAAUGUUCUCCUUACUAACCGCUCAGAGUCGCUGUGAUAACCUUUGUGCUGUCCAUUGAUGCCACCAUUCUUAAAAUUCUGCUGGAAAUAAAUAGAGCCACCUUUGCAAGGGA